AUGAAAAAAAGAAAAGAAACGAUCGUAUCAACAAAAAAUUGUAUUGGGUCAACCAAAGCCAUUGUAUUGGGUCAACCAAAGCCACCUGGACAAAGCAUCACCUACAACCAUUAUACCAUCAAUACUGCCGUCCUAGCUCCAACCACAGAGUCUCCGGAAAUCAAGCAAGCAAUCCUACAACAGUCUGUGAACUCCAUCAAGCAGACAAAGACAACAAUGGAACACAGGGUGGAUUUCUUGAUGGAGCGCUACACAUCAGUAUGCCCAGACAUUUGCUCACGCUUCAACACCACCACCAGCAAAUUGUUUGAUGUGACUAGUGACGUUUAUGAGUUCACAAGCCUACACGUCAUCAACAACAUGGGACAAGCGAUUGCUACGGGAUUUCCGCCUCCAGUUUAUCACAAUGAAGAUGGAAUUGCCAAUGUACUUGUGAUGCGCAAGAUGAUUGCUGCGGGAUACCGCAUUACUAUGGAUACUGAUGCUGACAAUGCAUUUAUUGUGCAUUGUGAUGGAAACAGAAAGAUGUGA